GGAGGGGCGGGGAGCGCCGCCGAAGGGGACUGUUUGCUCCUACGGGCUGUAGAUGGAGCUGUCCGGCCCCGGCGAGGGGAAAGGCGCCUGGAAAACGUUCUUCUUCUCCCUGGCCGGCCCGAGCGGGGAACAGCACUCCCAGGAUGCAGUUUGUGUCAACACGGCCGCAGCCUCAGCAGCUGGGCAUCCAGGGCCUGGGGCUGGACGGCGGGAGCUGGAGCUGGGCCCAGGCUCUGCCCCCAGAGGAGGUCUGCCACCAGGAGCCGGCGCUGCGCGGGGAAAUGGCUGAGGGAAUGCCGCCCAUGCAGGCUCAAGAAUGGGACAUGGACGCCCGGCGACCGAUGCCUUUUCAGUUCCCACCCUUCCCGGAUAGGGCACCCGUCUUCCCUGACCGAAUGAUGAGAGAGCCCCAGCUGCCCCCGGCGGAGAUCUCACUCUGGACCGUGGUGGCCGCCAUUCAGGCCGUGGAGAGGAAGGUGGAUGCCCAGGCCAGCCAGCUGCUAAAUCUGGAGGGGCGGACAGGGACGGCCGAGAAGAAGCUGGCCGACUGCGAGAAGACGGCCGUGGAGUUCGGGAACCACAUGGAGAGCAAGUGGGCCGUGCUGGGGACGCUGCUGCAGGAGUACGGGCUGCUGCAGAGGCGGCUGGAGAACAUGGAGAACCUGCUGAGGAACAGGAACUUCUGGGUCCUGCGGCUGCCCCCGGGCAGCAAGGGGGAGGUCCCCAAGGUUCCGGUGACUUUCGUGGACAUUGCUGUUUACUUCUCCGAGGACGAGUGGAAGAACUUGGACGAAUGGCAGAAGGAGCUUUACAACAACCUCGUCAAGGAGAACUACAAAACCCUGACGUCCCUGGAUGCGGAGGGGACAGCACCCAAACCAGACGCUCCGUCCCAGGCUGAGCCCAGGGAAGAGCCUUGCGUGUGGGAGCAGCGUGAACCGGGAGACAGAGAAAUCCUGAUGGAUCCGGACACAGGAGCGGAGCCCCUGGUGCCUGCGCAGGAAGCCCCCUCUCAGGUGAAGCGGGAGGAAGCACUGUGUCAGACCCGGGGUCAGCGGGGCCUUGAGGAACGAGCCAUCCCCACGGAACCCGUCACCGACUCGCCAGCCUCUGCCCAGGACCUCUUGUCCCGGAUCAAACAGGAGGAGCCCCCGUGUGUGUGGGAUCAGCAGGACUUGGCGGAGAGAGACAUACCAACCGACCCCAAUUCAGAGUCCCUGAUCUCAGCACAUGACAUUUUGUCAUGGAUCAAGCAGGAGGAGCAGCCGUACACAUGGGGCCCGCGUGACCCCAUAGAAGGAGAGCCCAGCUUAGACUCUGGCCCCGGUGACAGCCUGCUGCUGGUGAAGAACCCGGCCCCGCAGCCCCAGCCCGCUCCGCCGAGCCAGCCCCCGGCCGCGGCCUGCUGCCCGGGGGGCGGGCUCCGGCGCGGCCUCCUGCACGGAGCGCGCAGCAAGCCCUACUCGUGCCCCGAGUGCGGCAAGAGCUUCGGGGUGCGCAAGAGCCUCAUCAUCCACCACCGCAGCCACACCAAGGAGCGGCCCUACGAGUGCGCCGAGUGCGAGAAGAGCUUCAACUGCCACUCGGGCCUCAUCCGCCACCAGAUGACGCACCGCGGCGAGCGGCCCUACAAGUGCUCGGAGUGCGAGAAGACGUACAGCCGCAAGGAGCACCUGCAGAACCACCAGCGGCUGCACACGGGCGAGCGGCCCUUCCAGUGCGCGCUCUGCGGCAAGAGCUUCAUCCGCAAGCAGAACCUGCUCAAGCACCAGCGCAUCCACACGGGCGAGCGGCCCUACGCGUGCGGCGAGUGCGGCAAGAGCUUCCGCUACAAGGAGUCGCUCAAGGACCACCUGCGCGUGCACGGCGGGGGCCCGGGCCUCGGCGCCCCGCGGCCCAUCCAGGCGCCGCCCGAGCGAGACUAGGGCUGGGCUGGGGGAGGGGAGGGCCCAGCGGCAGGAGCAGGGGUGGGGCAGGCCUGGGGGCGGCCUGAGGACCCACCAUCUCGGCUCGCCUUCCCUCCCUCCACCCGCCACCUGCUGGAAGUCGGGAGCAGGAAUUGCACUCCAAACAAGGCCCCCCGGGGCUUGGGCAGGGGCGCCCUGGACCUGUCCGCCGGAAUGGACGCCCCAGCUCAUCUCGUAGGGUGGCCCGAGGGGCCGGCUCAGUGGCUUCCCGCAGGAAAGGUGCCAGCGGGACAGGAAUGAAGCAAGAGCAUCGGGCACUCCCCCGGGACACCUAGAGUGCCCGGUUUGGCCACUGGGGUCACAGACUGAUCAGCGGAAGCAAGCAGCUGAUACAGCAGCAUCUUGUCACUGCCCAGGGGAUCUCCGAAGCCUUCCCAGGUCAGGAAAUCAGGUCCUGAGGGUGAGACGCCAAAAAAGGAAGUGACGGUGUGACUGCGCCGAGGACGUGCCGAGGGAUACCAUCUCUAUGACGACAACACUGCCUCGCGUUUGAAUAGCGCUUUUUACUUUUUUAAACGUGUUUUCUAUCCGUUAUCUAUUUUCACCCUUAGCCUAUCCCUCUGAGGUAAGUGGGGUAGGAUUUGCCUGACUUGGUAACGGGAAAGGAGACGCAGGUGAGAUGGUGUAGCGAAAUUCAUACAAGAGAGGGCUCCUGACCCCAGCGCAGUGUCCCCACCGCACACUGCCUACCUCCGAUGUUGGAGAGACCUCUCUGGUCUGGCCUCUCCUGGUCUCUCUCUCCUCCCUUUCCCCUGACCUACCCAAAAUAACCAGAAGCGCACGGGGCCAACUCCUGGGGUUCCUGGGAAUGGGAACAGAUCGGCUGCAAAAUGCCCCUGCUUGGGCUUCCGAAAGGGCCCCCUUUGUGGGCCCUCGGCCUGCCCUUCCACCUCCCGGCCCCCGAUCCGGUGCAGCAGCAUCUUCUCACUGCGCAGCCGUGACCCGGCCCUCCAGAGCAGCAGGCGCCCUGGGUCAGACCUCACUCCGAUUCCAGUUUCCCCAGGGCAGAGGGAGAGCCUCGUGCUGCAGGAGCAGCCCUCAAGGAAGUGAGUCUCUUCCCAGGAGGGCCGGGCAAGUGGGUGCUAGAGGCUGAGAGCCUCAGCCUCUCUCCUGCCCUGAGCCUCCCAACUGGUGCUAUCUGUCAACUGACGUGCUCGUGGACCUGGACACAGACCUCCGCUGCUCCAGACCCUGCAGGUGCCUCAGGAGGCACCCAAAGGACUCCUCGUGUUGGUGCAAAUGCUCUGUGGUCCUGAGGCCACAGUCUCCAUUUCUGCAUCUUGCAUGGCCAGGCCCUGGGCUGGGGCGGCAUGCCCCAGGACCCUGGUUUGUGUCGAGAAUGACUUUCCUUGCUCCUUCCGUCGAUCCCGCUUCUCUCUCGGCCGGGGGCCCAGGUGGCAUCCAGCUCCCGGCACCACGUUUGUGAGCGCUCUGCUUCCGCCUCCCCCUCAUCUGUCCCGCUCUGUUUUCCUCAAACCCAUUUUUGCCACAUGCAAAGGGAAUUCUUAAAACUAAAUAAAAGGUGUCCAGAGUGCAGACUGCACGUUUGCAAGGCCGAGGGCUCUCCAGCGCGGCUUUGUACGGGAGAGCCUUGUUGGACUGGAAUCCAA